GGAAGCAGCAGAUCUGCAUGGUCGGGAAAUUAAAUUAAGCCAGCGUUACCGACGAGCAUUAUUCAUCAGGAGACACUUGCAGGCUGAUUCCCUGUCCCGUUCGUCAGCAGGCGCUAAAUGCUCUCUCCCGGUUCGUCUUCGAGUUCUCGAGAAGGGGAUUUACAGCAGACGCAGGAGACGAUGGGGCGACCGUUUCUUCCAGCGGAUUCCUCGUGGCCCGACGGAAGGAUUCGCCGUAAUCCAGUGUCAUUCUACAAAGAGUAUUUCAAGAUUCCCUCGUGUGUGAAAUGCCGUUACAUACUGGUCGCUUCCUGGCCGACGCAGCAGGAUGCUUUAAUAGAAAUAAUAAGCUCGGGGCCACCCAGCGAGAAAGGGGAGGGCCGACGGAAUAUUGUCAUUGGCCUGUCGAGCGGGGGCACCCCACCGACACCCCUGACGCGCGCGGCCAAUAAGAAUGCAGAAGACGGAUUGCGGUUAUCGUUCCAGAAAAAAAGGAAAGCCGGCGUGCCCCCUCCGACUCUCUGUUUUUCCCCCUGCUCGCUUUCUCUUUGGCUGCGUCCCCUCGGCCUUCUCACUUUCGUCGCUCGCUCUCACUGCUUUUUCUCUAUCACGCCCCUCUUUCCCAAUCCUUCGCCCCUUACUGAGCUUAUCCUUGUCGCCUCAGCCUCUCGCUUUUGCUCCGGCUUUCUCUCCUUCUGACUCUCUUUUUCCAGUUUCCACCCACUUUCCCUUCUCACUCCUUCCCUCUCCCAUUCCCCCCCCAGACUCGUUUUCUUCAGGCAUUCCAUCCGUCUGCUCGGUGGUCCGACACCUGAUCAGAGUCCAGGAUAUCCGUCUGGUUUUAUUCCUUUCCUUUCCUUUCUUUUUCCCCCUUUCUUUCUUUUUCCCUCUAGUGUAAUUUUUCCCUUCCCUCGCUGCCGAUUUUCUGGGGUGGUCACGAUUGGUGUAUUACUGUUUCACCUUCCGCCUCCUUUCCGCCCAGUCCAGCUCGCGCGCUUAUAAUUGAUUUUUUCCUCCUUGCCUCCCUCC